UCCAAAUGUCCAUCACUCCGGAUGACACGACCCAAAACAUUGGCAGAACUUUAAUGAUCAUUACUCGUUACUCGUUUCCAAUUCAAAUCCCUUCUCUUUCUCCCCACUGCUAAACCACACCAAAUCCUCUCCCAUCGCCAAUGGCGUCUUCCUCCACAAUGGCUUCUCCGGUGAAAAAACUACGGCCAGCCAAUUGGCUGAAAUUGCCGCGCGAUGUGAUGGCUUCGAUUCUUUCUCGUCUGGGCGCGAUCGAAAUCAUGACGAGUGUUCAGAUGGUUUGCAAGACGUGGCUUGAUAUCUGCAAGGACCCUCUCAUGUGGCGAACCAUUGACAUGCGGAUCCUCGGCGAUACGGAUACUGAUUUGGACCUCGAAAAGAUGUGCAGCGACGUUGUCGACCGGAGUUGUGGCCAACUCGUUGAUAUCAACAUCGAGGACUUUGGAACCAAUGAACUACUUCGGUAUAUCACGGCUAGUUCAAGUCAGAUCAAACGCCUUCGACUUGCUUGUUGCCAUUAUGUUUCAGAUGAGGGAUUGAUUGAAGCUAUUGAAAAGCUUCCACUGUUGGAGGAGCUUGAUCUGACACUAUGCUCAUUCUCAGAAAGUCCUCUCAAAGCAUUGGGGCGCUGUUGCCCUCAUUUUAAAACGUUGAAAUUGAACACCCAAGCUUGUAAACUCACAGACAUAGAUCCUGAUGAGGAGGAGGAUGUUAAUUGGGAUGUGUUUGUCAUUGGUGAAAACUUCCCAAAAUUACGUCACCUGCAACUCAUUGGAAACUCGAUGACUAACAAGGGCUUAGAAGCCAUUCUUGAUGGUUGUCCUCAUCUCGAGUCACUUGACCUGCGCCGAUGUCUCAAUAUCAAUUUGAAAGGAAAGUUGGCCAAAAGGUGUGCUGAGCAGAUUAAAAAUAUACGGCUACCUCAAGAUUCGCUCAAGGGAUAUGGAUUUAUUGCUGAUCCUGAUCGAGUGUUCUGUCCAGUUUCUGUUUUUAAUUACGCCCCAUUUCUUUUUCGACUAUGAUGAUUUUACUGCCUUUAACUAUGAUAAUGACGUUUAUAGCAUAGAUAACAAGUAUUAUGACCAUACAGAAUGUGGAUCAUCAUAUGGAGGGAUGAAAAAACAAGGAUUGGAGUGUAGAUUCUAGCCAGUUUAUCUAUUUGUUGUACGUUUGAAAGCAGUUUGUAAUCGAGUAUGGACUUUAGGAAAAUUCGAGUCUAGAGGGUCUGGUUUUUCUUUUUGUAAUAUCAACUUAAGAUCGACAAAAUCACUCUUUGUAGCUCUAAUGAAAGUUUGUGUGCUGCAAUCGACUUGGUCAUCUUUGAA